GGAGGAUGAUAAGGAGGUGGAGUCAGGGGGGGCGGGGCUAAUUGAGAUGGAGUUCUGCUCUCCGUUUUCAUACCUCCACUGUCGGGCGGCGUAUCUACAGAAGGGCGUUUCCAUCAACGACCAGCUUAGAGCUUCAGAGUACAACCCCGCCCACUCUGAGGGGAGGAGCUUCCAGAGCAGUAAAGGAAAACUGAAGAGGAAAUCUAGUCUUGGUUCUGCAGACAGGAUGGAGACCAGACAGAGGAGGCUGGAGUCGGGUAUUGUAAGGUUGACUCAGCGUCUUUCUCUAAAGGACAGACAGUUAAAGUCGGCCUACAGGAGGCGCUCUCUCAGCCUCGACUGGGCUGAGUGCGAGACGACUCAGCAGGUCUGGGAGUCGCGGAGGUCUGCGAUGCGGAAGUGUUCCAGCGUGUCCUCCUCAUCUCCACCCAGUGCCGCCCGCCGCCUCUACAGGAACCUGUCCGGAAAGUUCCGCCCCGGCCCGGCCGCCGCCGCCAGACCCUCCAACAGGGAGCAUGUUCACCACGCUGCCCCGUUGCAGGGUAACAGGCUGUUGUUCGAGGCGGUGGAGCAGCAGGAUCUGGAUCUGGUCCAGAAGCUGCUGAAGGAGUUCAGCUCUGAAGAUCUGGAUCUGAAAACUCCGAACAGCGACGGCCUUCUUCCCCUCGACAUCUCCAUCCUCACCAACAACGUCCCCAUAACCAGAACCCUGCUGCUGCACGGAGCUACAGAGAGUCCCCACUUUAUGGAUCCAGAGAGCCGGGCUGUUCACCUGACCGCUUUGGUGCAAGAGGCGGAGCUUCGGGUUUCUGAACUUGUUGCACGGGUCAGAGGGGUGGGGCCAGCAGAGAGGGAGGAGACAGAGAGAGAGCAACAGCUAAAGGCCUGGGAGUGGAGGCUCCGCCUCUACAAACGCAUGCAGACCGGAUACACACAUGCAAGCCCCCCGGACCCCCCCAGUGCUGUGUGUGUGUGUGUGAUCGGUUCCUCCAGCCUCAGAGUUCACUUCAAGGAGCCGAACUGCCUGAACUCCGCUGUCGUCACCAAGUACCGCGUGGUGUGGAGUCGGUCCCGGUGCUUUACUCAGUCACUGGGUGAGAUAGUGAUUGGGGACAUAAAUCAACUGCAGUGUGACAUCACAGGACUAACACCUGGUACUCCUUACUAUGUCCAGGUGUUUGCAUAUAACAUGAAGGGAUGGAGUUCACCACAGAAUUCUGUACCAGCCAGUACUACACCUUCCAGUUGGAGGGACGUGGACAGUCGAGCUCCACGGCUGCAGGGAAAGCAGGAAGUGCUGCACCAGAUUCUGGAGCAGAUUAAGGAGGUGCACCAACACUGCACUUGUCACGAUCAGUGCAACGGUCUUCCUAACAUCAGGAAACACUCUGUCUCUAAAAGUCUGAGACAUCUCUUCCAAACUAACAGCAAAUUCAUCAAAACCCUGAAAAGGGGUGUGUAUAUAGCGUGUGUGUUCUACAGGGAUGAUAGUGUGUUGGUGACGGCGGAUGAGCUGCUGCCCGUUGUGGAAGUGGAUGAUUCUUCCAGCUCUCUCACCCAGGACUUCCUGUGGUUUACUAAGGUGUCGUACCUGUGGGAGGAGCUUUCCUGGCUGCAGCAGUGUCUUGGUCCCACCCAGCUCUCCUGUUCCAGCUCUCUGCAGACACGCCUCAAAAUGCUACAAGCCCUCAUCCAUCUGCAGGCCCUGCUGGGGACUCGAGACCUGGGGCAGGUGUUUAUGGAGGUGUUGAGGGAUGGGGACGGGAACGCUGUGCUGGUGCUGCUGAAGGAGGUGGAGGAGGGUGGAGGUGUGGAGGGUCUCCGCUGGGCUCCCAUCACUAAACUGCAGCUCCAGCGUAAAUCCAUCUCCUCUCCUGAGGAACCCACAGCUCUGGACACACUCUACAGCACUCUGCAUGAGAAGCUGGAGGACCACAGGUGCAGCAGGACGCCGCUGAGUCCCGGGCUGUAUCUGGGCUACGUGAAGCUGUGGAGCUCAGUGGAUCAGAUCAGAGUCCUGGUUCCCCAUAAAACCCCCAACGUCUUCUGCCACGUCAAGAUACGCGACAACAGCCACAUCUCCAGGGAGGAGUGGCAGUGGUUGCAGUCUGUACGUUCUCUGGAGGAUUGUGAGGAAGUGUGUGUUGGUGAGCAGAGUGCUCCACAUCGCCUCCUACUGGAGUUACAGAACGCUGCUAAGAAACUACUUGGGCGCAUUAAUAUCACCAGUGAUCAGGUGCAGGACUUCCGUCUCUAUGUAGAGGAAGUGGUGGAGUUUGGGGAGGGCGUGUCCUUCCUGUUGCUCCUGCCCCCCUGUGAGGAGGUGUGCACCCCGCCGUGCCCAAACAACCCGUAUUACCCCCGAUCCGCCUUCUUCACCAUCCCACUGCAGAUCUUCGAGCUGGUUCACCUCCAGACAUACUGCCCCCUGUUUACCCGCCGGUACUGCAGAGUGUCAGCAGUGCUCGGGCUGGAGUCUCUGGCUUCUCGGCAGGUUCUGAGGGAGGCCUUCUCCCAGUCUGAACUGCUCACGGCAAAGGAGAAGCACCGCAGGACCCAGGAGCUCCUACAGCAGGUGGAGGAGGUUUGGCGUGAGGCCAGGUGGAUGGGGGAGGUUCUUCAGCGCGCUCGAGAUAAACAGCAGCCAGCAGGAGUAAGUCUAAGUUCCAUUAUCAACAUCACCAAGGAGAGCAUCCCUGAGAAAACACCUUCUACCUCCUUUCAGCCCAACUUCCUGCCCUCACCUGUCCCGUCGCCUGUCCCGUCGCCUGUCACGUCGCCUGUCACGUCGCCUGUCACGUCACCUGUCACGUCGCCUGUCCCGUCUCCAUGCACCAGCAGGAAACAUUCAGAUGAAGGUUCCUUGGAGGUUUUCCUCACUCCUGACAGUAAUUAUGGCUCCAGUAGAGCACAGAGUCCACCAGAACUCGACCUCCUGCCCCCCGUUGCCCCCUCCCACACCGACCACACCCCGCCAGACCUCCUGCAGACUGGAACCGGGGUCAGGGGGGUGGGACUGCAGAUGAUUGACAGUGACUUCGUCCUGCCUAGUCGUCAGAUAGAUCUGUUACGGAUCACAGAGAAAAAAACUGCACUGUGCAUCCGGACCAGCAGUCUCGAGUACCCGUCUUCCGUCUCGACGGCAACUGCAUUCACAAGCCCCUCCCCACGUCCAGCAGCAGUGGACCGCUGUCGUCCCACCCUCGAGUCCCGCACCCUAUCAGAGGAUGGCGGGAUACAGCGAGUGACCGCCCACUCGCCAAACUCCACCCACCUGUCCUGCUAUACCACUCUCAGAGUGUAUCCGCAGUACCACACCGGCCUGCCCCGGGACACUAGUGUCCAGCUGCGGGCGACGAUACACACGUCUGCACGGGAGAUGGUGCAGCUGGUGGUUCAGGAAAUAAGUGGAGUGUGUUCACGCCUGCAGGCCGCCGUCGGGCAGUGUGUGUACGGGGCGGGGCAGUGUGUGUAUGGGGCGGGGCACUGUGUGUAUGGGGCGGGGCACUGUGUGUAUGGGGCGGGGCACUGUGUGUAUGGGGCGGGACUGGGUGUGUACGGGGUGGAGCAGCUGGAGAACUUUGGGCUGGUUCUGGUGAUGGAUGGUCUGGAAAAGUGGCUUCAGGACGAUUUCUGCCCCCUGACCCUCCAGAACCCCUGGACCCGCGGGACACUCUGUAUCCGCUUCAAACAGCAACCACCACUCCCCCUGCAGUUCAGCAUGGGUACUGCAGUCUAACACACACAUACACGCACACACACACUAUACUCACCAUACACACACAUACACAAACACACACUUACACAAACACUCACACACACAGUUACACAAACACACACUGACCUGUGCAGCUAAUUUGGUAAAGAGCAGCAGAUCAAAGAGAAGAGAAUAAAGUGAUCAGAACCGACUCGGCCCUUCUGAUCCGAACUCACCUCCACCUUCAUACGUGUGUAAGAGUGUGAGAGUGUGUGUGUGUGUGUGUUGUGUGUGUGUUGCGUGAGUGUGUGUGUUGUGUGAGAGUGUGUGUGUGUGUGUGUGUGUGUGUGUGUUAGUUAUACUGUAGCACUUUGCAUUUCUACUGUUGAUUUUAUUGGAUCUGACUGAGAUCAAUUAAACAGAUGUACAGUAAAGUUUUACACUGAAGAACCUGAACUGA